GCUUGUUAUUAAUUAACUAUAUAGCCAUUUUCAUCAAACGGCAUUCAACACCUUUCAAAGAGCAUCAAUUCCCACUUACACACAAAGGGAAAUUAAAGUAACAAUGGCCCUCCAAAGGCAUCACCUCUCGUUACUUUUUAUCAUGUUUUCUUUUGUUGCUUGUCAUAGCACCGUGCUAUUGGAUGAUGGUAGUACUUUCAAGGACUUUAUCAAACAAAAGAGUACAGAUGUUUUGAGCUUAAAGAAAUUUGUCAAGUUGGGUGACAUUUCUUCUUCGCUUAAAACGGUUAACGUCAAUGAUUAUGGAGCUCGUGGAGAUGGCAAAACUGAUGACACUCAGGCAUUCAAUGACGCUUGGGAAGUAGCAUGUUCUUCUGGGGGUGCAGUUCUUCUGGUGCCUGAGAAUAAUUAUCUACUCAAGCCAUUCAGAUUUUCUGGCCCUUGCAGAUCCAACAUCGAAGUCCAGAUUUCUGGAACCAUUGAAGCAUCAGAAAACCUAUCAGAUUACAGCGAAGAUCUCACUCACUGGCUUACUUUCGACAGUGUUGAGAAACUAUCAGUUAAAGGUGGUGGUACCAUCCAUGGAAAUGGGAACAUAUGGUGGCAAAACUCAUGCAAAGUGAACGAAAAGCUUCCUUGCAAGGAUGCCCCUACGGCAUUGACUUUCUACAAGUGCAACGAUUUGACAGUGGAGGAUUUGACGAUAAAAAAUGGCCAAAAGAUGCAAGUUUCAUUCCAAGACUCUGAGAAUGUUAAAGUUUCCGGUCUCACUGUGACAGCACCGGGGGAUAGCCCAAACACUGAUGGAAUUCAUGUCACAAACACCCAAAACAUUCAAAUCUCAAGCUCCGUUAUAGGAACUGGUGAUGAUUGUAUAUCGAUUGUAAGUGGAUCCAAGGAUGUACUAGCCACAGACAUAAUCUGCGGACCAGGCCAUGGUAUCAGCAUCGGAAGCCUAGGGGCUGGGGGAUCCAAGGACUUCGUUUCAGGAAUAACGGUGAAAGGAGCUAUGCUUUCCGGAACUACAAAUGGACUAAGAAUUAAGACAUGGCAGGGAGGGUCAGGAAGUGCAAGCAAUAUCCAAUUUCAGAACAUUCAAAUGGACAAUGUGACCAACCCCAUCAUAAUAGAUCAAAAUUAUUGUGAUCAAGAGACACCAUGCGAAGAACAAAAAUCCGCUGUUCAGAUUAGGAACGUGAUGUACCAAAACAUAAAGGGCACAAGUGCUUCUGAUGUGGGUGUGCAAUUUGAUUGCAGCAACAACUUUCCAUGCCAGGGGAUAGUGUUGCAGAACAUAGACUUGCAACUUGAAGGUGGAGGAGGGGCCAAGGCUUCAUGCAACAGUGUUGAAUUGUCCUACAGAGGAGAUGUUAUCCCUCUCUGCCCAUAGAAAGAGGAAGAAAGACACUAAUCAAAUAAUGAAAGGAUAAUGUGACAUGUUUAAUUGCUUUGUACAUAUAUAUAUGGUCAACAAAUGAGGCUAGCUGAUUGAUUUGUUGCAGCCAAUAAUAAUGUGUGUGAUAUAGUAAUGAUUGUCAUCGUUUGUACUAUGUUUGAUAAAUAAAAUUCAAUUUGUGCA